AUGAAUAAAAAAACUCGUCUUUUGACAUGGUUAGAAGUUAUUGCACAUUAUCGAAAUGAUCCGUUUUGUCGUUCACGAACGUGUCAUAUCUACAAUCGCCGAUCGAAACAACCGGCUGAUCGUCCCGAGCAAACAUGUCCUUGUGGUCGUUUGAUCGGUCGGCAUAGUCUUACUGAUGCUUGUUUACAGUCGAAGACAUUAGAGAAAGGAGAAGCAUGGACUCCGCCAACCACAUUUUGCAAUAAUCAGUCGUGUCAAGUUCCGGUUAAUGUUUAUGGUAUAUUAAAACCGUAUGAUUGUCAUUUUCUUCGUCUUGACCAUCAAAUUAGUAGUGAUAAUAGUUAUGGAUUGUAUCAAUUGAUUUUGGAUGAUUGUGGUGGAAAGAAACCUGAUUUGAUUCUUAGCAUCUCUGGAGGACGAAGAUACUUUCUUUUAAAAGAACAAUUGAAAACUGAAAUUGUCAAAGAUAUCAUCGAUAUUGCCGUUAAAACUAAUGCAUGGAUACUCACUGAUGGUACCGAUACCGGUAUAUCAAAACAUAUUGGCGAAGGAAUCUCACAUUACCGCAUAGUUCACAAUUAUUCCAAGAGAAUCAUAUGUAUUGGAUUGACCAUGUGGGGUUUGUUGAGCGAAGAAGCUCGACAGGAUCUUAAAAAGGCGACAAAUGGCUAUCCAGAACAACUCCUUCGACAACAAAUUCCUUCACGGAACAAAAUGAACGAAAACAGAAUCGAAGACAGCCAUUCACAUUGCAUUCUAUUCGACGAUGGUCGACUAAUUGGACAUCCCUCCGAUGCUAAUCGAGACGCGUUCAUUGGCGCGAUUUGUAACGAUCCCACAUGUUAUGCAAUCACGAUUAUGUUUGGAGGCGAUCUAACUGAACUUGAAGUUCUGGAGAACAGUAUCAAAGACCAGCGUUCAAUCGUACUUAUUCGGGGAAGCGGCCGAUUAACAGAUAUGUUAGUUUCAUUACUUGAAUUGACUUCGGAUGCUACAUGGAAUAAGCAUUGGAAUCCAACUACCGAGGAAACUCGAACAUUUUUCGAUUCUUACUUUCCUAAUUACAUCGAUCGAGAAGUGAUUGAUGUGCUUGAUCGAAUUGAUGAGAUACUCGAUAAUCGAUAUCGACAUUUAUUCAGUAUAUUUUGCUUCGAACGUGGUGACUCAUUGAGAAAAACAAUUUUCAACGCGAUUUUAUCAGCCAAGAAAAUCGGUAAACCCGAAGUGAAUAAUCCCAAUAAUGACUCGCCAGAAGUUCGCCGUUCUCUACAUGAAAAUAAACUACUUGAUUUAGCAUUCAAAUGGGACUAUAUCGAUGGAGUAAUACCAAUCUUACAAAGAUGGCAAGACGAAAUAUACAACACGCAAUCGAACAUGAUCGAGACAUAUAGGGUGUGGGAGAAUGAUUUAUUCAAGAAAUGUCUUGAGCAUAAUCGGUUGACAUUUGUUGAUGUUUUCUUAACUGCUGGUUUCGAUCCGCGUAACUUAACAAAGACAAGAAGUCAUUCGGAAUGGGAACAGAUUAUCAAAGAAUUGUAUAACCACUCUGAAGUAAAUGUUAAGGAGAUGUUCAAUCUUACAGAACAUAUCUAUCACGAAUUUACUGAAACAUUUCUUCGUCGAAUGGAUAUUCGCUUUCACGGCAAGACGAGAAUGUAUGGAAAGGAUGAAAUGCUGCGAGAUCUUUUCUUAUGGUCCGUUUUUAUGAAUAUGCCAGACAUGGCUAAGAUACUUCUCGUCCAUCUUCAAUCUCGCAUCUGUGCCUCGCUGAUUGCUUCAGUUGUGUUCAAAAAUUAUGCUCAAUUCGCUGAUGUGGUCUGUUUGGAAGAGAAAUUACGCGCUCAAGCAGUCGAUUUCGAAUCCUAUGCGGUAAAUUGUAUCAAUAAAUGUUAUGAAUUGAAUGAAAAAACAGCAUGUGAACUACUGUUUCGAAAAGUACCAAUCUUUGGUGAUGUGACGUGUGCGCAGAUAGCAAUCUUUAGUAAAUGUGAACAAAUGCUCCAAACGGCUUGUUUUGAUCAAGCUUUAAAAUUAGCAUGGUAUAGUCAGUUGAAAACAACACGUUUUCUAACUUUAUCUGCAAUAUUUGUUGGUCUUCCAGCACCGAUAUUGAUGGAGUAUCGCAAACCGGAAAGAAAUUCGAAACAAAUCAGUUGUAAUUUGUCUUCGAAAGGAAUUAAUUAUUACAAUAAUGAACCAAUUUCAAAGUUUUGUUUAUGCUGCAAAUAUUCGACACGCCUGCGAUAUUUUCAUGCGAGUCCUGUGGUGAAAAUGUUCUACCAUUUCAUCAGCUAUCUUGCAUUUUUAUUCAUCUUCACUCAUAUGGUUGAGAAAUGCAUAGUAUCGAAAAUUCAUUGGAUGGAAAUCUAUGUUACUCUUACAGUUACGACGAUGUUAUGCGAAAGUAUCAUAGAAAUACAGCGGACGCACAUGUUUCAAACAUGGUUUACAGGAUUUUCAGCUGUGUUACCUUAUAUUCUCUAUUAUGUCGGCGUUGGUCUUCGAUUCGCUUCGGAAAACGAUGAUAUCAUUCUUCAAUCAGCUAGAUUUAUUUUAAUUCUUGAUCUGGAACUUUGGUAUCUUCAUUUGCUAAAAUUUGCUUUUACACCGAAACUGUUUAUGCUUGAAGAUAGGCUUCGCCAUGUCUUUGCCUUCGUAUUUCUGAUAUUCAUAACUGUUGGCGCUUCUCGUCCGUUAGUUUUCGACAGAGCGGUUUACAGCACUGUUCAUAAUAUUGCCAAAUGUAUUUUCUAUAUUCCAUCUUGGUCUAUUUCUACAAAAAUUUCUCAUGAUAGAGCUUUUGUGGAAGCAACAACGAGUCAAGUUCUCCUUUAUUUUCAUCUAUUAUUCAUAACUGUGUGGCUGGCGUAUUCAUUUAUUCAAGUUUUCGAUGACAAAGAUAAGCAAAAUACAGAGUUAAAAUGGGAUUAUCAUCGAUAUAUAACUGUUCAAGAAUAUUUUUCACGUCCAGUUCUUGCUUAUCCACCAUUCAGUUUAAUUCCAUAUACUAUUCGAUUCACCUGUGAGAUGAUAAGCAAAUGCUGUUCGAUUUUCACUCAGAAUCGAAGUCGGUCAACGUGUUGGAUUCCCGUUUUUAAAAUGAUUCCAAAAGUCGAUAGUGCAACUGAUAGACAUUGGGACAUCUUUGAAAGCACUGUUACGUAUACUUAUGCUCGAUUGAUCUCGGAGCGGAGCAAAAAGCGCAAUACCUCAUCGCAGGACAACGGUAUAGCUGACAAUACAUCAAAUAGCAUCAAUGAACAUUCACUGCCAAUGGAAUCCGACGAUGUAAUUAUGUUGAAAAGAACAGUCAGCGGAAUACAACAAGAUAUGAAUAAAGUCAUCGCUUCACAACAUUUACUAAUGGAAACUCUAUUACGAUCCAAUUCAAAUUAA